CGGGACCCGCUCGCUUUCAUGCACCCAUCAGUACUAUCCCCGCACGCCCUUCGGCGGCGGUACCCGCUACCGGCCCGGCCCCCCGCCGCGCCCGGGUCCUGCCCCUCCACCGCUCCCCGUGCAGCGGCCGCCGCCGCCGCUCGCCCUGCCCGCCGAGCGAGGAGAAGCCCCUCAACUCCCCUCCGGUCCCGGGGGAGGGGGCUGCCAUCACGUGUGCUUCCUCCCCCUCCUCUCCCUCCUCCUCCUCCUCCGCGGCGGCGGCAGCAGCAGCGGCCGCCUCGGCUCCGCUCCCUUUGUUGCAGGCGGAGCGGCGGCGCUGCCGGGCGCCGCGCACAAAGGAGCGCGGCCGGGGCGAGGCGGCCCCGCCGGCGGAUAGGCGCGGAGCCUUCCGCCGCACCGCCGGGCUCCGUGGCCGCGCUGCAUCGCACCGCACCUCCGGGGCCAGCCCUGCCCGCGGCCGGGCAGUGGUGGAGGAGGAGGCGGCGGAGGCAGCGGCGGGUCUGUGCGGCCGCCGCGGCGGGGAUGCUGAAGGUGUGCUACGGAGCGGCGGAGAAAGGACGGUCCCGCCCGGGCGGCGCCGCGGGCUCCGGUUGAUGCUGCGGGCCUGCCGCCGCCAUCCCACUGCCGCCGGCGUUGCUCUUCGGCCGCCCCUCGCCAUGCUGGGAGAGAGCCCAGCCGCCGCCCGACCGCUCCUGCGGGCGGGACCCCCCUUGGCGCUGUGCUACACCUCGGCCCUCCUGGUGCUCGCCCUCUCCGCGCUGCCCGCCGGCCGCGCCUCCCACCCGCUGCCCGGCUCCGAGUGCCAGGGCGGCGGCAAGGGGAAAGGCAUCAACUGCUCAGAGUUAAAUGUAAGGGAAUCCGACGUAAGAGUGUGUGAUGAAUCAUCAUGUAAAUACGGAGGAGUGUGCAAGGAAGAGGGCGAUGGCUUGAAAUGUGCGUGUCAGUUCCAGUGUCACACAAACUAUAUUCCUGUUUGUGGAUCAAAUGGAGACACUUACCAAAAUCAAUGCUUCCUCAGGAGAGCUGCUUGCAAGCAUCAGAAAGAGAUAACAGUAGUAUCAAGAGGACCUUGUUAUUCUGAUAAUGGCUCUGGGUCAGGAGAAGGAGAGUAUGAAGGAUCUGGGACAGAAGUUCAGAGAAAACACUCAAAAUGCGGAGUUUGCAAAUAUAGGGCUGAGUGUGAUGAAGAUGCAGAAAAUGUUGGGUGUGUAUGUAAUAUAGACUGCAGUGGAUACAGUUUUAAUCCUGUAUGUGCUUCUGAUGGAAGUUCCUAUAACAAUCCGUGCUUUGUUAGAGAAGCAUCAUGCCUGAGGCAAGAGCAGAUCGACAUCAGGCAUCUUGGACACUGCUCAGAAACAGAUGACACGAACGCCGUUGGAAAGAAAGAUGAUGGCAUGCAGUAUCGGCCAGAGGUGAAAGACGCCAGCGAUCAAAGAGAAGACAUUUACAUUGGAAACCACAUACCUUGUUCAGAAAGCUUCAAUGGCUACUGUAUACAUGGAAAAUGUGAAUUCAUUUAUUCCACUCAGAAGGCUUCCUGCCGGUGUGAAUCAGGAUAUACUGGACAGCACUGUGAAAAGACAGACUUUAGUAUUCUUUAUGUUGUCCCAAGUAGACAAAAGCUUACGCAUGUCCUUAUUGCAGCAAUAAUUGGAGCUGUACAGAUUGCCAUUAUAGUUGCAAUUGUCAUGUGCAUAACAAGAAAAUGCCCCAAAAACAACAGAGGACGUCGGCAGAAGCAAAACCUAGGCCAUUUUACUUCAGAUACAUCAUCCAGAAUGGUUUAACUUAGUGAUUUUUAUACCUACAUUGACCAUGUGAUGUACAUUUUUAUUAUAUCUUUUUUUAAAGAAUGGAAAUAUUUAUUUCAGAGGCCUUAUUUUUGAACAUUUUUAGUGUAACAAUGUUGGUCUGUAUUCUGAAAGCAUCAGCUCUAACAGCUAUGGACUGUUUUAGUAUCUUUACUUUUAUGUUUUUGAACACAGUAGUUCAUUUUCUGUAUCUGUAUCACAUGGUUAUAUAAUAGACUUGUGCUUUAUCCAUGGAAUGUAAUAUUUUUGGGAACACAGAUUUAUUCCAUCAGCGGUUGUAGAUUUAAAAACAAACAAACAAACAAACAACAAACAAUAAACCAACAAAAAAGUCCAUGUUACCUAGCAAACAAGGCAUGAACUAAAGGUAAAAAUGUUUACAGCUGACUUUUCUUAUGAGAAACUAGAAAACACUGUGUUUAAAUACCGUAGAUAUUUAAAUGUUUUUGGAAGUUAGUAACUGGUUUUUUAGACACUGCCUAUCGCAUGAACUGUGAAGCUGUGUGCUGUGUGUAGUUGUAACAUAUUUAUAAGACGUGUGGGCUGGGUCUAAGCACUGCCAUCUUCAUAAUGAGUUCCAACAAUUUAUUUUUAAAGAGGAAAACUAUAAAUUUCACAAUUUGGGAAGUUACCUGGUAGAGCAGAUGGCACAGGUCCAAAAGAAGUAGGUCUGAGUAGAUUUAGGUAUUGUAAAAAUUGGUGUUGAAUAAUUGAACACGAACAAUUGGAAUAAAGCCUACUUUAUCACUGUUAAAGCUGUUUUAAUACUUCUUAAACUUUUUUAAAGCAAAUACAUGUUUUAACACCUACAAUACUGAUUGUAUAGUGUUUGUGAUUAAAAUAAAAAAAAUAAUAAAAGUGAAUGAAUUACUAGUGCUCUUGUAUAGAGUAUUUUCAAGAGCUAAAGAAGUCCAUCCAAAUUAGUCUGCUGGUCAUAGUUAUAUUAAUAGACUGUUAGUUGUCGUUUGAAAGAUCCCGAGAUAAAGUGUGAAUAGGAUGUGUUCAGCUGUUUUAACAUGUAGUUUAGGCUUUCAAAAUUUUGCAUGUAGGAUUUAAUAAUUUGUUCAAUUAAAAAAAGAAAAGAAAGAAAUGCUUUCAACAUUUUGAACUGGAAAAGCAUGUCACACAAUACAACGUUUUCACUAUAUUGCCUCUGGUUUAGUGUGUUUAUUUGUUACCCCCAUGUGGCAAUUGCAGCAAGCUGAAGACCUGAAGUUGUUUUUGCUGGGAAAAACAACGUUGUGGAUUUUUCUGACCCCUCUUUGAAUUCUCUCAGAGGAAAGCACUCAAGUAAAAUGAAAGCAGAAGUAGAUCGUUAAAAAUAUGCAAGUUUGCUUUCCUGCUUAAUUACUAAGUUACUUAACUUUCCUGGAUUAACACUAAUAACUUCAUCAGUACAGAAGCGUGACCCUUUAAACAUGUGUUCCUUUCCAGGCACUGCUUCCUAAUUUUAGGGGUUUCAUGUUGCUGAAAGUAUCUGAACAAUCAUGUGUGGAUAUUUUGUAGUCAGAAGUAUUUGACCAAGCUCCAGGAGCGGCGUUUCACGCCCUGCUUUGAGCAUCACCAGAGCCAGCUGUCACCCUGGCUCCCUGCAGCAGUGCCAGAACCGUUCUGGCAGGAUCACCUAAACUUUGCCUCCGACCGACCUGGCUGAAGGCAGGCAAAAUGGAUCGCCGUGAAAUCACCUCGGAGCCUGACAAAACCCACCAAAAUCGCCUCUCCAGUGUCACCGAGGAGGAAGAAGAACAAGAUGCAGCUUACACGAUUGUGACGGUCCUGGACAAAGUGGCCAACAUUGUGGACAGCGUGCAGGCAAGCCAGAAAAGGAUAGAGGAGAGGCACAGGGAGAUGGAAAACACCAUCAAGACCAUACAGAUUGACAUCUUAAAGCUUGCCCAGGCACACGGCAACACAGGCUACACGGUGAACAAGUUACUGGAGAAAACCCGCAAAGUCAGCUCCGUUAUGAAGGAGGUGCGGGCACGCGUGGAGCAGCAGAGCACCAACGUGCGGAAGGUGGAAGCAAAACAAGAGGAGAUGCUGAAAAAAAACAAAUUCCGGGUCGUAAUCUAUCAGGAGGAAACUGAGUGUCCUUCAUCUCUCUCUGUUAUCAAAGAGAGGACAGCAGGGGAAACUCUGGAGGAUGAUUUCUUCCCACCUGAUGAUCUGUCUUCUGAUGAAGAAUAUUAUAUCGAAGAAGGCAAAGCUGCCCAGUUCAAGAAAUCAGGCAUGAGGCGCAUAGAUGAUAUCAAAAAGGCAUUCUCAAGGGAAAAUAUCCAAAAGACAAGACAAAAUUUUGGCAAGAAGGUAAACAGGCUUCGAACUAGAAUUGUGACCCCUGAGAGGAGAGAAAGGAUCAGGCAGUCAGGAGAGAGACUGAAACAAUCUGGGAUAAGGAUCAAGAAAACCAUUUCACAAGCUGCCCCAACGAAGGAGACAUUCAAGAUCCAUAAAAAAAGUAAAGAACGAACAGGAGCUGAAGGUCAGGAAGGGAUCCAGGAAGCUGGUGUGCACGUCGCCUCUGAGCUCGCAGCAGCAGAGCCUUUCACUGAAGAAAUCUCUUACACAGAAGUGAUCACUAAGGUAAAGAAAGACAAGAAUAGUGCAACAAAAGGUGCUUCCCAGACAACUGAAAAAGGAGUGACAAUCCCAGAAGUCGUUCUUAAGCAGGAAGGAAAAGAGGGAGGAGGAGGUGAUGAUGUCCCUUUGCUAGACUUACAGCAAUCGGCAUAUGGAAUCAAUUAGCAAACACCCCAUACUAUCCUUACUGAACAAGAAAGAACACAGUAUGUAUUCACUCAGCUUUAGAAAAAUGUGUGAAUUUGUGUUAUACCACAAAACAUGUGUUGGUGUUGUUCUAUCAUUUACAUGGGUGUCUACAGUGCUGUCUGCCUGACAAAAGCCAAGCCAUGCAAACUGAAUGAAGGGGCUCCCCCUCUGUCUUGCAAUGUGCCAAUAGCCGUUAUUAACCCAAAUGGAACUCGCAUGUCAAAGGGAAAUGGAAAUCUGCUGGAUUUUCAAGAUUGACUUAGCAGUCACUUACUGCUUAAUCACUCUCUUUAGUUUUACAUACAACGGGAUAAAAAUUAUUUCCAUUAUCUUAUACCAACUCCUGCAAUCAGAAACAGUAACAAAGCUAUUGCUUCAUAUUACUAAAUGAAAGAACUAUGGAAAAUGUCCAUUUAGCUAUACAAACCUUUACAUUUAAGGGCCCACAUUGAAACAGCAGGAGGAAGAAAUUCCUGCUUUAUCCAGGGUGUGACAAAAUGUGGCAGGAAUGAUAGGUUUUUGAGUAAACUGUGCUGCUUCUCAGUGGAAAAGAGAAGCUCCUGAAAUGACUAAAGAUUUUUUCUGGAGUUCUAAAAGAAGAAGGUUUGAUGUAUGUAAGCAAUGCAUUUUCUGCACUUACAGAGUAAGAAUAAAAAAGCAGAAGACACAUUAAAUAUGGUUAGCAGGAGGAAAAGAGAAUGAGGUAUCAUAUUCAUGUUUUCGAAAGAUGUGAUUGUGAGAAAGGCAAAGGUAUAAAGCAGUAAAAAAGGAAUAAGGUUAAUGCAUGGGUUCUGGAUAAAUAGAGAAAAAAUAGAAUAUUGUAACUGAAUAUAACUGAAGUUUCCUCAAGGUCUUUUAAAGGAUUGUUACUUUAUCCAGAGGAUCAUGGGGCUCAUGACCAUAACUGACCAGACAAGGGAAAUGGUUUGUUUUUCAUUCUCUGUGCUUUUUCUGAGCUUCACUGCAAUUAAAAUCUAUUCUACAAAGCCGCUGAAGUACAGGGCCAAUCUAUAACCCAAUUCUUUGUUUCCUAUCAUCAUUGUUAUCGACCAGCCACAGCCUCAGGGAUUAUGAGACAGACACCCUUUGGAGUAUGGAAUGCUGUUUAUUUGCAACACUCGGGAGCCAGUGCCCUGACAUCAGAUAUGUUUGUAAACAUGACCGCUACACUGACAUGAGGUGCAGGACUGUAUUGCUCUCUUCAUUCUCAAAUGGAGUUGCCUUCAAAGCACUUAUCUAAAGCAAUGUUAGUCAUUACUAUCUGUGUGAAAGAAACUUGUACAAUAUUGCCAAAAGCUGUACGAUUGUAUUUAUUAUCUCGAAUUCAUUUUAACAGCAGAGCAUACCUUGGUUAUCUAUAUACAUUGUCCGAGGACUCUCAGCUAAUUGUUAAUCUACAAUUUAAAUAUAACUAGUUUGAUUUCAAAUA